CCAGGAACGAGCCACAGAGAAAGCUAUUGGUUGAAAGAGCAGCCAAUGAGAGAGCCUGUUAUUAGUCUGCGUGCUGCGGGGUAGGGGCAUCCUUUUAGACCCUGAAGCCCUAGGUGUCCCAGUGGUUUUAGCGCGAUGAGCUCGAUCGGCACUGGGUAUGACCUGUCAGCCUCUACAUUCUCUCCUGAUGGAAGAGUUUUUCAAGUUGAGUAUGCUAUGAAAGCUGUGGAAAAUAGUAGUACAGCUAUUGGAAUCAGAUGUAAAGAUGGCGUUGUCUUUGGGGUAGAAAAAUUAGUCCUGUCUAAACUUUAUGAAGAGGGUUCCAACAAACGACUUUUUAAUGUUGAUCGGCAUGUUGGAAUGGCAGUAGCAGGUUUGCUGGCAGAUGCUCGUUCUUUAGCAGACAUUGCAAGAGAAGAGGCUUCCAACUUUAGAUCUAACUUUGGAUAUAACAUUCCACUAAAACAUCUUGCAGACAGAGUUGCCAUGUAUGUACAUGCCUAUACACUCUACAGUGCUGUUAGACCUUUUGGCUGCAGUUUCAUGUUAGGGUCUUACAGUGUGAAUGAUGGUGCACAACUCUACAUGAUUGACCCGUCGGGUGUUUCAUAUGGUUAUUGGGGCUGUGCCAUUGGCAAAGCCAGGCAAGCUGCGAAGACAGAAAUUGAAAAGCUUCAGAUGAAAGAAAUGACCUGCCGUGAUGUUGUUAAAGAAGUUGCAAAAAUAAUUUACAUAGUACACGAUGAAGUUAAGGAUAAAGCUUUUGAACUAGAGCUCAGCUGGGUUGGUGAAAUAACUAACGGAAGACAUGAAAUUGUUCCAAAAGAUGUAAGGGAAGAGGCAGAGAAAUAUGCCAAGGAAUCUUUGAAGGAAGAAGAUGAAUCAGAUGAUGAUAACAUGUAAUGUUUACUUCAUUUACUUCUGUUUUAAAUUUCUAAUACAGUCCCAUGUAACUAUUUAGCCCUUUGGAUUAUUAAAUACCCACUGAUCAAUUUUCAUUAAAUUUUUUUCUUGUAA